AUGCUGUUUAGCAGAGCCGGCGCACAGUCCAGACGGUACUGUGUUCCUGGUUUCAAACUACAGGGGACAACUUAGCAUUGUAUCACCAUCUACGAGUCGUGUCAUAGCGAAUGAUCCUGCGGUUCUCGAGGCUUUUGAUUUCAUUGUUGAAGAAAACGUGGUCGUCUAUGUUGGCGAAAGGCGGUUAAGGCAUAAUGAAUCCAUCUCUGUGAUAAAGGUGAAUAUAGCUCCUUUGCUUCUUAUCAGCUUAUAGGCCACAAAUCUCUCAAGUCUUCAAACAUACACUCUGUACACGGCCAGACUGCGAGCCCUUAAUGCCAUUUCGGUCGACUGGGUCAAUAUGAUGGCAUAUUGGGCAGACUUUAAGGAGAAGGUAAUCGAAGUCGGCGAAAUCGACAUACGUCGCAUGUCGAUAACAAAGCAUGCCAUUUUGUUUUCGCAAGACUUGGAUGACCUGAAAUCGCUAGUUGUGGAUCCAUUAAGCAGGUACAACGUUCAUGUCUUUGCAGAUGGUCAGGUCCAUUUACUGGUUGAGAUCUAGGACCUACACAAAAAUCGAAACUGCUGGUAUGGAUGGAAGUCGACGAUCGACCAUAUUUUAUGAUGCGAACAGCUCUGGUCGAGAGCUGUCACUGGAUUCUGUGGGUCGACGGCUUUUCUGGAUUAGCCCUGAUCGUCUGUUAAUAGCCAGUGUAAAUUUAAUGGGUAAUGACCUCCGCCACACUCGUGUUCAAGGUAUGCAUGAUGAUCGCCCCAGAUUUUGUAGGUUUUGACAGUUGGAAAACGUCCUCUUUAAACGUGGUCUCUGGACGCAUAUUCUUGGCCCAUGAGCUGAGCAUUUCGAGUAUUCCUGAAGCCCAAUCGAGCCAGCUUUCACUCCGAUCGCAUUUAAAUUUGACCUACGAACCCCACACUCUUAGAGUGUACGGCCGAGACAGCCAACCUCAUCGUAAGCAUUUUCUAUUUUUUGACUCGAUCUAACUUAAAAUUCAUGCGGUUGACAACAAACAGUUUGCAAUUUAAGUUCCUUUUUCGCUCGUCGUGCUUGGUCAUAAUUUGCCUCAUUCCAACAUACUGCAUUUAAUAGACUUGGGUAGAUUCAUCCGCACUAGUUUGGACUAAGACGGUUCCCGCACAGGACCAGACGUUUUGUUCUACAAGAAAUCCAAUCCACCACCUUUAUACAAUUUCGCAGCUGGUAUUUAUUUCUUACUUUUCCCGAACGAAAGUUAUUUGAUUGUGUUCUGGAGAGACUCCACAGUUACUUGUGGCUGCCUGCCCAGCUGUGCAUCACAUUAUUUUUGUUUUAUAAAUUACUAGAAACUGGCCCCAAUCGGACAAACUGUGUCCCUGAAAGGUUCAAGCACCUUACUUUAGACGGUUCCACUGGUUGCGAUUUUCUUUGCCUCAACUCCCCAUCACACCCGAACUAUAUAUGCAAGUGUCCCACGGGAGUUCCUUACGGCGUGACGAAAGCUCCCCCGCCAGACCUCUUGCUGCGCGACUCACCUCAAAGUACCAAGUUUUUGGUUCAGAAUUCCAUCUCUUGCCCGGAUUUUCCUCAGAAGUUCCUUCUAAUUGCUCGUCCACCCGGCAUAUUCAUGCUUUCGCUUCAAGUUCCAGCAGAGGAAAGUCAUCUUGUUCCUGUCGGAUCAUCACCGCGGCCACAGCGAACACCCGUGCGUGUCGAUUUUGACCCGGUCACAAAGAGUCUAUUCUGGGUGGACAAUGCAAUUUACCGCUUGAAACUUGGCGAAAAGUGUGAGUUAAUUUAGUGUCGCCCGACAUCACUUUCAUUGCAACGAUGAAGAAACGGAAUUUCACUUUGGUUUGAAACCACUUUCUCUCACGCUUUGGACAAUGCUCACGCUCUCAUCUGUUUUAUAAGGGCCGACCCUAAAGUUUACAUAGAAUGUGAAAGCCCAUAUGCAUUCAAAAUUUUCUGAUUAGAAAUGAAACGUCGAAUCCUGUAGUGAUAAAGAAAAUUAUAACCACGUAAAUCACGGAGAACAUAUCCUUUUAUGCUAUUUCGCAUUUGUAAACCUGCUCAUAGUAAGAGGUAGUAAAAAGCAACAGCAGAUUAGGAGCAUUCGUAAUGUCCCGGCGCGUGACAUUCAAGCUCGUCCUUGAGAAGCAGUAGACUCGAUCGCUGGUAUGACAGUUUUAUUUGUCUGGCGUUUAGAGUCCGCGUUUUAAAUGAGCAUCGGAGACAGCAAAUGAUAAAGAUAAUGGAUGCGUGGGGAAUGCAUUAUUUAUAAGAAGUAGUUGUCGUGCCGUCCUAUGACUGUCAUAACUAAAACCUUUCUCAUUCAUCACCUAUGAUAGUACUCGGCGCAGCCAUUGCUUGGUCGCCCGCAUCUGAGUCGUUAAUUGCCGCAAUCUAGUCAUCAUCUUUCGUUAUUGACGUGCAGAUCAUUCGCCAGCCUGGCUUGCCGAUAUUAUCACUGGAAACGUUGUUGGACCAUACGCUUCCCGUCUUGCCAAUUACCCCGCCUAGUCGGAAUCUCAGCACUCAAUAUAAAAGACAGGCCAUUACGCUUGUUAAUGGAUUGCGGACACGAGAGCCAUAGCUGAAGCAGUUUGCGACUCACGCCUUUUCAUACUUAACGGGAUCCUUUUUCCGUCACAGUCGUCGACCACUUUCCUGUUUUACUUCUUUAAUUGCUUGCAAUUAUUCGAUAACACAAUGGAAGAAUGAGGAAGACUAAUUUCUUCUUAGCUUGAUUCUAGUCAAAUGUGGACAGCUUCGACCGUGGAAUUUAAUUUCAUCUACUAGCAGGGUUAUUACUACUACCUCACACUUCCUUUCCAAAAGUUUCAUUCAGGCGGUGACUAUUUUCUAAAAAAUUGCAGACGAGCUGAACUUUAAGCAGUCAACAACUAAGCUGCUACUGCAAACACUUUCUUUGGGACAUCCAACAAAGUUGCGGGUUGGCGAACAAAAUCAUAACUGUAUAGGAAGUGCUGCCUUCUUAAAACCAACUUGAGCAGAACGAAACUAAGAGGAGGAAGACGUAUUCAGUGAAGUUAUAGAAUUUCUUUAUUUUCGUCUAAGCUUGUCUGGUAGUUAUCCAUAACCCGAGCUGCUGCCCGUGCUGAGCAAGAAAAGCCUGCCUCGCUGCCUUCGGCUUUCUACCAUCUACCCCGUUUAUAAAACUGCAUUAAUGGAAUGUUUGAAGCACGUCCAUGCACUCUCAGAAACAUUGACAGUUGUUCAGGUGUAGUUUAAAAUCAGAGAUAGACAUGCAAGUUAAAAUCAUUAAAUUAAACAAUAAGAAUGCCAGGUGUUUAUGCCGCCGAAUAUGGAUUUUCUAAGUACUUGCUUUGGGCCGUUUAGUACAUUACAUGUACCUGCGUUAUAUUUAUUUUCCAAGAGUCCACAAGCGCUAAUCUGAUUUUACGUGGAAAGUUCUAUUUAAAUGUUGUAUACUCCUGACAGCUGAAACUGGGAUAUAUUUCAGCACCUUCUCUCCCAACGUUUCAUAGUUUGUGAUCUUCCUGUAAGUCCGAUAAGGAAAAUUUGAAGUCCGACUAAUAUUUGCUUGUAAAAAUCUGCUGAGGUGGGAAUGUUGGGAUCACUCAAUCAGAUAAACAACUGUCCCUUACUACGAAGUACCUGUAAAGCUGUCGUAACUUGCCGUUCUCCACUCUCAAGAAAUAUGAAACAGCAAAAUAUAAACUGCAUGUCCAAUAUUUUAGGUGGGCUUUAGAUCAUUCCUGGACCGUUCUGUCUACUUUUCAAUGCACUUGUCUUCCCGAGGGAGAGGGUGUAGAUUAGAACACAUCCACAAAGAGAAAACCUCGCAACAGCUGCAGAGUGAUAUAGCUCUAUAACCCUAGUUCUGGCCUUAUUAGAACUAUUUUUCCCUUUUAGCACCGGUAGUUGUGAUUGAACCUGCAAACAGAGCAGCCCAAACUCUGGAUGGUUUAGCUGUGGACUGGGUUGCCGGAAAUCUUUACUGGUCGACCGGUGGAAACA